GGAAUCUUGAAAACUUUUUGGUUUUUCAGAGUGCACUAAACAAGGCCCUAGUGUAGCGGGGGGCCAGCAGCACUUUGCACGGUGGGUGCAGCCAGGAGUGCCACGCUGUUGACACGACACGGGCCGCAGGUGAAUUCGAACCACCCUGACGGUAUCGGCGUAUCGCUCUCGCUCCCGGUCCCGGCCUCACGCGCGCGUACAAAUGCCACCGGGGUCCCCGGCUUCCCUCCUCCUCCUACUCCUAGGCCACCGGCCACCCCAGUUGUUCAGUCACGAGACGCGCGCGGCUGCCCGCGGCCAAAACCCUGCUUCGCUGUUCGCCCAGCCCGCCGCCGCCCCGCCUCGCGUCGCGAUUCCCCUGACCUCUCGCAAGUCGUCACGGACUCGCGCGCCUCCGUCUCCAGGCCGUUUUAAUCCGCGGGCCUCUUGCGACCGGAGUUGGUUACAUCCAUCCACAGUCCGUUCCGCUCCAGAAGAUCCAGCAGCAAUGAAGGGCAUGGGCCCGACGAUGGAGAUGGCGCCGACGCCGGGCAAGGCGGCGGCAGCAGGAGCAGCGUCUUCCUCGCACAUGUCGAUGAUGCACAUGUCCUUCUUCUGGGGCGACCGCGCGGUGGUGCUGUUCCCGGGGUGGCCCGGCGCGCGCGGCGCCGGGGCGUACCUGCUCUGCCUCCUCUUCGUGCUCGCGCUCGCCGCGCUCACCGAGGCGCUCGCCGCGGCCUCGCGCUGCGUCGCGCGCCGCGGCGCGGGCGCGGGCGCGGGCGGGCGCGGCGUCCCGGCGUCCUCGGCCGCGCUGCUCACGGCGGCGCACGCGGCCAGGAUGGGCACGGCGUACCUCGUCAUGCUGGCCGUCAUGUCCUUCAACGGCGGCGUGCUCCUCGCCGCCGUGGCCGGCCACGCGCUCGGCUUCCUCCUCGCGCGCAGCAGGGUGCACCCUGGGGGCGGGGGCGCCGCCGCCGCCAGUGGCCACGGGCUCGGUGGCGUGGGCGCUGUCCACCCUCCGGAUGGCUCCAAGGCCUAGACUGCAGGGGCAAAUGCACUUGGGUGGGUUAAACAAAUGACUGUCUCGUCUCGUGUUGUCUCUUGCUGUAGGCAUCUGAAAAUUCAGGAUUAUUACUGUGUCAUCUCCCUGCCUAUCGUGUUAUGGAUUACAAUUACUGUGUGUUGUAAAGAUGGUAUGGAUGUGCUAAAGUUUCCAAGUGAAUUGAUUAUAAACGUUGUAUUUGUACUGAAGAUCAAGAAUUUCUCUUUCUUUUA